AAUAUAUCACGGAAAAUCGUCUACUAUUUGCAGCGUAAGACUUCAUAAUUUCAUACUCUUCAGAAGUAUGUAAUUCUUUCCAAUCACAGAACAGGUGUCGAGUGAGGUCUUUUAUCUGUUACAGACUUAUAAAGAUAACUCAUGUUUAUCAUCAAUGAUCCAUAAUACCUAUCAGCAGGAGUCUCAUUUGAUAUUGUCUUUAUAUUAAAAUAAAAAAAAAUAAAUAUAAAAUAGUAAAUAAUAAUAAGAAUAAGAAGAUGUGUGACGAUACUGUGCGUGUUGCUCUACGUAUUCGUCCAUUAGUGGAAAGUGAACUAGAAAAAGGAUGUCAAGUAUGUUUAGAGGCUAUUCCUGGAGAACCCCAAGUUCGCAUAUGUAAUACCGACAAAGCGUUCACUUACAAUUAUGUAUUUCCUCCUUAUGUUGGACAGGAGGAUUUUUAUAACACAGCAAUUAAGGGACUCGUAGAUAAUAUUUUUCAAGGUUAUAACGUUACAAUAUUAGCAUAUGGACAGACUGGAAGUGGUAAGACUCAUUCCAUGGGUACCAGUUAUACAGGUGUAGAAGAAAAGGGUAUUAUACCAAGAGUUGUAUAUGAUAUAUUUGAAGCAAUUAAAUCCAAGGAAGAUUGGAGCUUUAAAGUUGCAGUCUCAUUUAUGGAAUUAUAUCAGGAACAAUUGUAUGAUUUAUUGUCUGAUAAGCAGAAGAGUCAGUCCAUAGUAGAUAUUAGAGAGGAUGGAAAGAGCAUUAGAAUUGUUGGUGUAACUGAAAAACAAGUAAUAAAUGCUCGUGAGACAUUAGAGUGUUUGACCCAAGGUUCCAUGGGUCGUGUAACUGGAGCGACAGCAAUGAAUGCGUAUAGUAGUCGUAGUCACGCAAUAUUUACGUUAUGUGUACGUCAGCAAAAGAAAGAUGAUCCCAGAGGUACAGCGACAGUGGCCAAAUUUCAUCUGGUUGAUUUAGCGGGAUCCGAACGUAGUAAAAAAACUCAAACCACUGGGGAACGAUUCAAAGAGGGUGUAAAUAUAAACAAAGGACUACUGGCUCUGGGCAAUGUAAUUUCGCAACUUGGUGAUGGUGCCUCUGGAACUUAUAUCGGAUAUAGGGAUAGUAAACUUACAAGAUUAUUACAAGAUUCUUUGGGUGGUAACUCCAUGACUCUUAUGGUUGCAUGUGUCAGUCCUGCUGAUUAUAAUUUGGAUGAGACACUUAGUACGUUGAGGUAUGCGGACCGUGCGCGCAAGAUAAAGAACAAGCCGAUUGUGAAUCAAGAUCCGAAAGUAGCGGAGAUCAAUCGGUUGAACAAAUUGGUCCAGGAAUUGCGACUAGCUCUUAUGAAUCAGGAACUUGGUAUAACGUGUCCUAAGGAAUACGAAGCACUUGAGAAGAAAUACAGCGUCUUACAGCACAAGUUUAGAGACAUGACGGAAAAGUUGAAUUCAAAUUUAGAAGAAAUUGUUGUUAUGCACGAACGAGCGGAGAUGGCCGAACAAGCUCGGGAAAAAAUCCGAUUCGCUAUGGCAUUAUUAUUGGAUGAAUUCAAGCAAGUUUUGCAAAAUUUUGAUACUUGUCCUGAAAUUGAUAACGAGAAGCGUAAUAAAUUAAAAGUGAUAUACGAAAAGAUGUUAGAUAUCCAAAAUGAUGAAAGAAAAGCAUCUGAACAACUCAUAAAUCAUGAAAUAUCCAACUCGAGAAAUUGUGAUACGGACAUAGAAGAUGUGGAAUGUGUACAUGCAGAAGAUUUGAAUAAUGUCGAAGAUAGUUUGGAUUACUUUGACAAAAAGGAAGAGGAACAUACGUUACGGCAAGCGGAACGAAAUAACCAAGUUCAAAGUAUUAAUAAAGAGUUGGCACUCAAAGAAAGCUUGGUGUCGGAACUCUUGAAAAGUGUUACUCAACAAACUGUGGAAAGUCGUAGGAAUGUAAUAGAGAUGGAGCAAGAGAUCAAACGACUACAUGCGGAAAAAGAGGAACAUUUGCAAGCGGUUCAUGCGCACAAUGUCAGUUCUAAAUUGGCUGAGACGCGUCGUAAAAAAGUGCAAGAAUUGGAAAGAAAGAUAGCAGACUUGACGCGUAAGUGCACAGAACAGAACAAGAUAAUCAAGGCGAAGGAGAAGCAGGAUCAAAGGAUUAAAACUCUCUCUAGUGAGAUACAAUCGUUAAAAGAAACUCGAGUCAAACUUAUCAGACAGAUGCGUAAUGAUGCAAAUAAUUUUACAAAGUGGAAACAAUCCAAGGAGAAGGAAAUUAAUAAAUUAAGAACGCAAGAUCGUAAGCGUGCUUAUGAAAUGGUACGUAUGAAAAUAGAACAUGACAAACAGGAGAAUGUUUUUAAGAGAAAAAUGGAAGAAGCUUUUGCAGUGAACAAAAGAUUGAAGGGUGCAUUGGAGAUGCAAAAAAAGGCGGCGCAAAGACAAGAAAGAAAGGUCAAUAGCAAAGAAGAGAUAAAAACUUGGAUGACUCACGAAUUAGAAAUAUUAAUGGCCACCAUAGAAGCGGAUUAUUCUCUGAAGAAAUUGAUGCAAGAUAGAGCUUUCUUGGUACUUCAAUUAGAGCAGCUAAAAGAAAAAAGCAAUUCGGAUGAAGAGGAGCUUGAGACUAUUACAGAAUUCAUAGAAUUACGCAAUGCACAAAUUGCAGAUUUACAACAAAAGAUUCUCGAGUCAGAUCAGGAAACUAGAGCAAAUACCAGAUGGAAUAUGAUACGUACGAUAGCGGAUGCAAAGGCGGCAUUUGAAACGGCAUUCCAUAUAAUUACGCAAGACAGGAAACAACAAUGUUACAAAUAUAACGAAUUAAAAGAAAAGUACCAGAAUUUAGAAGCACAACUAGAAGAAUUUAAAAAGCAGGAGAAAGUUUUGUCCGUGACAUCUGGUAUACAAGAUACAUCUGACACAUUUUGUAGUGAAAAAUCUUUGACAAAAUUUAACAGACAGGUAAGAUAUAACGUUUCAGGUUUUAAUGGAGACUAAUUUGAAUGUAAACAAAAAAUUGAAGAAAAAGAAAAUAGAAAGUAAAAUAGAAAUAAUCGACGAGAAUGUUUCCCUAACGCACAACGAUAGUUCAAUAAUAGUGGACGAUGUUGACAAAGAUCCAGAUUGGAAAAAAACACCGCUUUAUAGU